UGACCACGAAAGCACUAAAAAUUCAAUGGAUUUUCUUUUACUUCGGGCAUAAUCUGGCGUGUAUAACCCUGUAAUAAAUACAUUUUAAAUCGCAGCCAUGGUGCGUAUGAAUGUAUUGAGCGAUGCUCUCAAGUCUAUUAAUAAUGCUGAGAAAAGGGGCAAGAGGCAGGUUCUCCUUCGCCCUUGUUCAAAAGUGAUUAUUAAAUUUCUGACAGUAAUGAUGAAGCAUGGUUACAUUGGGGAAUUCGAAAUUGUGGAUGAUCACAGAAGCGGAAAGGUUGUAGUAAACCUUACAGGAAGGUUAAACAAAUGUGGAGUUAUUUCACCAAGAUUCGAUGUCCCUAUUACAGAUAUCGAAAAGUGGACAAAUAAUCUUCUUCCCAGUCGUCAGUUUGGAUAUGUCGUAUUAACUACCAGUGGUGGUAUUAUGGACCAUGAAGAAGCAAGGAGAAAACAUUUAGGAGGAAAAAUCCUUGGAUUCUUCUUUUAAGUUUAUUUUGUAAUUAAAAAAAAAAUAAAAAAAAUAAUAAAAACAAGGAAAAUAGUAUUGGCAUUUAAGGUGUUAAAUGCAGCCUGAAUAAACGUCAAUGCAACAAGAA